GGGUGAGGAUUAACUAAUAUUGGAUAUUAUUAAUAAUGGAUAAAAGAGCAUCGAAUCAUCUACAAGGCUACUAUAAGUAUGAACGCAGCAUUAACAAGUACGUUAUUGCAGGUGAUACCGAGGUGCAUGAAGCUUACAAAAAAGCUCAAGAAAGGGGAGCACUUCCUUUUAACAGAACCAAGAUACUUCUCCUAGGCGACCACGCUGCUGGAAAGACUUCCACAUGCAGGCGUUUAAGAGGAAAAGAAUUUAGGCAUGAUGAGCCCAGCACAACAGGAAUCGAAACAAACAUUUUCAAGGCAAACAUUAAUGAUGUUAAUAGUAAGUGGUGUGAAGUAUCAAACACACCUCAAGAAGAUUAUGAAAGUUCAGCAGCAUGGUGGGCAGUAUCACACAUGCGGAAACGUGGUAUGAAAAAAACCAAGAGGGCUGGUAGCUCGUCUGAAAUAAGUUUACAUGUCUGGCUACGAGAAUUGAUUGAAGAUAUAUUUCAUCAAUUAAUACAUAUUAUUCCCUGUUUAAUUACGUUUCUAACCGGUGGGUUUACUUUCGGAUUUGGACUGGUUGCAUGGAUUUAUAUUCUCUGCUUGAUGUGUGUAUUCGAUGUUCACACUGCGUACCGCUUUGGUUCCGGAUACACAAUUGGAAUGGUACUCAUAGACAGUACAAUGAAUAUAGAUAACAUUUACAACGAAAUGCCAGACACUGGAUUGGAUUGGAAUAGCAUGCUGUCAGUCCUGAUGGCUCUUAUGCAUGGACUAGUUGGCCUAAUUACCGGCGUGCUUAUGGGCGCAGGUUGUAGGGCUGGAGUUUGCAUAGCAUUUUGUAUAAUGGUUCAUCCUAAACAAAAAAAUGUUACCAUCGAUAAUGUUACAGAAAAGCUAGUACUCAUCUACAGCAAUGUAUAUUAUAAUUUCUUAAUUUGGAUCAUUGGAUUUAUUACAAUUGUGAUUUUUAGAAAUGUUCAUGCUAAGAUAUUAUCAAUGAGUCGAAAGAGCUGUAUAUUUGUUUUAAUAAUCAUUAUCCUUGUCAUCACACCUGUCGCUUUUAUACGAAAGUCAUUAUGUCUAGGCCUAUUUACUACUUUGUAUGUUGCUAUAGUUGUAAGUUUUACAAUAUUUGGAGUCCUUUUGGGGAGAAAAUUUGCCGCGUAUGAUUACUUCAAUCAGAAUUAUGUUAUAAAGAAAUCUAUUGGUUUUCUAACUGGGAUAUUUAUAGCUGUACUUUGUGGAUGGGAAUUAGCAAAUUUAAGAAAUCUUUUCUUAAAUAAUAAACAAUACUUCUCUGUUCCACGAUAUUUAUUCAGCGUUUUGCACUUUCUCGUCCCUAUCAUUGCGUUUAUUGUAUACGAAAUGUCUGCCUAUAUGAGAGUAAAGUAUACAACAUCCAUACCAAUAACUCAUGUCAAACAAUCAAUGAAAGCAUGUAUUCGUAACGAAUCCUAUAUGGAUGCAAGACUGAGUUUAUGGGACUUUGCAGGGCAGGACAUGUACUAUAACACACAUCACCUCUUCAUGUCAAAACAGGGUGUGUAUCUCAUUGUUUUCAAUGCAGUUAAAGCGGUUAUGAACCCUGAAAAACAAAUCAAACGUCUUCAGUUCUGGCUACAAUCUGUUGCUAUGCAUGCAGAUGUUGGAAACGCUGUAGUCUUUCUUGUAGGAACAAGACGAGACAGUGUUGGUGACACAAAUGCUCUUUUGAAUAUUUUAAGACUAGCAAGAGAACAUCUCUACAAGAUGUUUUCUAAGUGGCUUGCAUUUCAUCCGUCUGGAAGCCUUUUCUUUUUAAUCGAAAACGCAUUACAGGUGGACUACCAACGAAAUCUUUUACGAGCAGCUAUCUAUGACGAAAUACAGAAACUGACGUUUUUUCAGGAAACAUUUUCAAUAAAAUAUCUUUUAUUUAAUGAAUCUUUAAACAAGUUUCGUCUACAAAAGUGCAUUAUUACAAAAAUAGAAGAAAUUUCAGAAGAAGUAAAAUCAAGAUGUAAUAUAACGUCACAGAACGAGUUGCGUCAAUUCCUAAAAUUCUUUGAUAGAUCUGGUGAUGUUAUAUACAACGAACGUGAUGAGGUACUCAGAAAGUUCGUUAUCUGUGAUCCUCAAAUGCUUGUUGACAUUUUGCAGUGUUUGGUAAAUGUGCCUGCACCUCAUAAGAGAAAUCGGACAGUAGCUGACUACUGGCAGAGUUUGAAAGACUCUGGAAUCGUUGACAGUAGAUUACUAGAGCAUAUCUGCCGACAAAAAGGAAUAUGGACGUUUUACCCUUAUGUUAUUCGUUUCUUAGUGGGGACACAUCUACUUUUCCCUCUUACUGUUACUGAUCAAGUCGACCAAGUCGGAACAUUUCUUCUUUCAUGUCGACUGCCGAAGAUCGCUUCAUUAUCAUCUAUCUGGAACAGGAAUGAUUGUUCGCAAACUAUCCUUUAUUUUGAUUUUGGGAAAAUCAUUCCCGAAUUUAUAUUUUUGCGUCUCAUAGCUAAAUGUUGUGAAGUGUUUACUUGGGAUAAGAUCUACUACAAUGCAGCAAGAUUCAGGAUUAGCAAAUCAUGUCUUUUUGUCAUCAGCACAACAAUCAUUUCUGGAAGCAUUAAUUCAUUCGAUCGAAAUCUGAUCAAAAUUGCUGUGCACAACGAAGACCAUACAGGAUUUAUCAAUGUUGUACAGAAAAUGAUUAAUUUUAUGGAAGAGAUAAUCAAUCGGGAUUUUAAUCCGCAUUACUUUCGGAAACAAUAUAUUUAUGGUCCUGAAUGUGAGCAAUGCAGUUCGUUAGAUGGAAAAAUGUGUUUGGUGAACAUCAUAACGCAUGGUAAUGAUCUAACUUCUUUGGACGGCUACAAGCCAGACCAUUACCAUAAGCUUGCAUUUGAGCGAAAGUUCAGUUUAACGUGCAGUCGACUAAUGAUCAACUAGGUGUCGGAAUUUCGCUAGCUGUACAAGAAACAAUUUCGUGUAUUGUUAGUAUUUUUGUUGUUAUUUUAAAAUGUAAUUAACUGCUAGUUGGUUUUUUUUACCGUUCUGGUUGUGCUCAAAUGACAAAAUUAAUUUAGCAUUAUUAAAAAAUAAUUUCUUUCAAUAGUACAAUAACAAAAGUUCUUUGUAGGUCUAUAACAAAAUAAAUAUUUUGCAGGUGAUUGUUUGGACUAGAAUAUUCUUAAUUUCCACUGAAUUGUUUCAGUAUUACUGCUAGCUUUUUUUGUAUACAUUUAGACACUCGUACGCUAAUAAAUGUAAAAUCGAAAAUGUCCUAUAGAUAUCAAUAUCUCUAUUAGUUACUUGAAUAGUUUAAUGCCUCUUAACCAUUAUUUAU